CCACGAAACGCAAGACUUUCCGUCGCAGCGCCAGUCCACGACUGUCUUUCAACCCGGACAGACGCCAGGACAGACAUGUCAUACAAAACGAUUUUUAUAUAAUUUUUCCUUUUCGAAUUUAGUUAUAUAGUAAAGUGAUCGAACUUGAAGUAAAACUUGUGGUUUUUUUUCUCCGUGUUUUUGUGACCGACUGUACUGAGUGCGGUACUGUGUUUAGUGCGGAUAUUUCGUUUUUUUUUGUACUGUGAUUUUCGUGGGAACCCGGAAAAAUGUGGCCACCAAGAUUGCUUCGGUGGACGUUCACAAUCCUGCUGAUAGCAGCCAUCCUUGCUCCAACAUCGAGCUCCACCAGCACCGUCCGCAGAAGACUUCGCAAGCCCAGCAAAGUAUCCACCUCGGUAACAUCCAGCGUAUCCAGAUCCUCGGACCAGAUCAUAUCAGCUAGUGUCAACAGGCCUAAGAUCCGUGGACGGCCCAACAUCGCCAGCAGGAAAUCUUCCGCUGCUAUUGACAACUCUGUGACCACAGACACACAUAAAGACAAAGAUGGAUAUAAGAUUGUUUGCUACUACACCAACUGGUCUCAAUACCGUACGAAGAUCGGCAAGUUCACUCCUGAGGACAUCCAGCCAGAUCUGUGCACCCACAUCAUCUUCGCUUUCGGCUGGCUGAAGAAAGGAAAGCUCAGCUCUUUCGAGUCCAAUGACGAGACCAAGGAUGGGAAGACUGGAUUGUAUGACAGAAUCAAUUCGUUGAAGAAGGCUAACCCUAAGUUGAAGACUUUAUUGGCUAUUGGUGGUUGGUCCUUCGGUACCCAGAAAUUCAAAGAGAUGUCCGCGACGAGAUACGCCCGACAGACCUUCAUCUACUCCGCGAUCCCGUACCUCCGCGACAGGAACUUCGACGGGCUUGACGUGGACUGGGAGUACCCUAAAGGCGGUGACGACAAGAAGAACUACGUGCUGUUGUUGAAAGAAUUACGUGAGGCUUUUGAAGCUGAAGCUCAAGAAGUGAAGAAACCUCGUCUACUGCUCACCGCCGCCGUCCCCGUCGGUCCCGACAACAUCAAGGGUGGAUACGAUGUACCUGCUGUUGCUAGUUACUUGGACUUUAUCAACGUGAUGGCCUACGAUUUCCACGGAAAAUGGGAAAGAGAAACUGGUCACAACGCUCCUCUAUACUCGCCCUCAUCCGACUCCGAAUGGAGGAAGCAACUGUCUGUCGACCAUGCUGCCCAUCUGUGGGUCAAACUUGGUGCUCCCAAAGAAAAACUUAUUAUUGGUAUGCCAACAUACGGACGAACCUUCACCCUAUCCAACCCUAAUAACUUCAAAGUGAAUUCUCCAGCCAGCGGGGGAGGGAAAGCUGGCGAAUACACAAAGGAAGGAGGCUUCCUCGCCUACUACGAGGUAUGUGAAAUAUUGAGAAACGGUGGUACUUAUAUAUGGGAUGAGGAAAUGAAGGUCCCUUACGCUAUCCACGGUGACCAAUGGGUCGGUUUUGAUGACGAGAAAUCUAUCAGGAACAAAAUGAGAUGGAUCAAGGACAAUGGAUUCGGUGGUGCCAUGGUAUGGACGGUUGAUAUGGAUGACUUCAGCGGCAGUGUUUGCGGUGGUGAUGUCAAAUACCCACUGAUUGGAGCUAUGAGGGAGGAACUCCGCGGUAUAUCUCGCGGUAAAGACGCAAAGGACGUAGACUGGGCCACAGUUGCCUCCAGCGUCCUCAUCGAGGAGACCGAAAAACCAGAACCAAUUAAGAUCAGCUUAGCCGAUGUCCUCAGCAAGGUCAAAACCAAGCCCACCAAGAACCGCAUUAUCAAGAACAACAACGCUGCUGUGCUUGACAAGAACAGGCGCGAACCUCAAAUCCUUUGCUACUUGACAUCGUGGUCUUCUAAGAGGCCGUCAGCUGGUCGUUUCCUGCCGGAAAACGUGGACCCUACCCUCUGUACCCACGUCAUCUAUGCCUUCGCCACCCUUAAAGACCACAAACUCGCUGAAGGAGAUGAGAAAGAUACUGAAAUGUACGAUCAAGUUGUAGCGUUAAGAGAAAAGAACCCCAAUUUGAAGAUCCUCCUCGCUAUCGGCGGUUGGGCCUUCGGCUCCACUCCCUUCAAAGAGCUGACCUCGAACGUGUUCCGUAUGAACCAGUUUGUGUACGAAGCAAUCGAGUUCCUCAGAGACUACCAGUUCAACGGUCUUGACGUCGACUGGGAGUACCCCAGAGGAGCCGAUGACCGUGCUGCCUUCGUGUCUUUGCUGAAAGAACUCCGUUUGGCUUUCGAGGGCGAGGCCAAGACCUCUGGCCAACCGAGACUGCUGCUGUCUGCUGCCGUGCCUGCCUCAUUCGAAGCCAUCGCUGCUGGCUACGACGUGCCUGAGAUUUCUAAAUACUUGGACUUCAUCAACGUUAUGACAUACGACUUCCACGGUCAAUGGGAGCGCCAGGUCGGACACAACAGCCCGCUCUUCCCUCUUGAGAGCGCCACCAGCUACCAGAAGAAACUUACUGUGGAUUACUCAGCUCGCGAAUGGGUGCGUCAAGGUGCUCCUAAAGAGAAGCUGAUGAUUGGAAUGCCGACAUACGGAAGGUCGUUCACCCUCAUCAACGACACACAGUUUGAUAUCGGAGCUCCAGCGUCUGGUGGUGGUUCUGCUGGCCGUUUCACAAACGAGGCUGGCUUCAUGUCCUACUACGAAAUCUGUGAGUUUCUCCGUGAAGACAACACCACUCUUGUGUGGGACAAUGAACAAAUGGUGCCUUUCGCCUACAGAGAUGACCAGUGGGUCGGAUUCGAUGAUGAGAGAUCACUUAAAACUAAGAUGGCGUGGCUGAAGGAAGAAGGCUUCGGUGGUAUCAUGGUCUGGUCCAUCGACAUGGAUGACUUCAGAGGAUCCUGUGGCACUGGAAAGUACCCCCUCAUCACAGCCAUGAAGCAAGAGCUCGGAGACUACAAAGUCAGGCUGGAAUACGACGGACCUUAUGAGUCAUCUAGCCCUAACGGACAAUACACUACUAAAGAUCCCAACGAAGUAGUCUGCGAAGAAGAAGACGGUCACAUCUCCUACCACAAAGACAGGGCUGACUGUACCAUGUACUACAUGUGCGAAGGCGAGAGGAAACACCACAUGCCUUGCCCCUCAAACCUGGUCUUCAACCCCAACGAAAACGUCUGCGAUUGGCCAGAAAAUGUAGAAGGAUGCACCCAUCACACUCAAGCUCCCGCCGCUAAACGAUAAGCAAUAGAGUAGCUGCUGUUUGCGAUUCAAAUAAGAAUAGGAUUAACCGCCAUAUUGGGUUGAGAAGCUGUCAAAAAUGUAGUAUGGACUUUUUUGGUGCCAAAAGUUUAAAUCAAAAUAAAAAAUACUUUUUGAUUUCUUGACAGCUCAUGAACACAGUUCACUGAUGUUCAUAAUGAAAUGAGGUUUGACAUUUGACGGUCGAGGUCCGUUCCUAUUCUUAUUUGAAUCGCUGUAUAAAUAUUUCAACUCUCGUUUGCUUAUAAAAUAACAGUUUAAAAUCAAUUGUUGGCGUAUUUAGGAUAUUAUUUGGUGUUUUAAGUCCCAUUAAGCUAUGUAAAUUGCAAUAAUUAUAAAUACAUAGUGUUCAAAAUUAGUUGUACUUAGAACCUAGAUGAUCUAUCUUCGAGAACUUUCUACAAACUAAAAGGUGUGUAAGUUUUAGUUUUUUUACUUUUAUAUUGAAAUUUGAAUUUAUUUAUGAAAGGUUUAUGCGCCAUUCUACUUAGUGCCACUGUGAUUGACUCAAACGAAAAUAUAUAAGAAAAUUUUUGUGGUCAGACAAAAGGACAAAAUACAAUUUUAUGUAUAUUUAAACGCCAAACACAGUAGUGCUUUUAAAGCCAACAUUGAUAAGAAAGACUUGACAUUCUGACUAUCUUUAGUCAGUUUAUUUAAUUUUCAACAGCAAAAUUUCGAUGAAUAAAUUAUUGUAAUAUUUUUAUGAACGUGACAGACCACCAAUAUGACUUAUGUAUUUUAUUAUUAUAUACUUCAUUAUUUAUUGGCGUUAGUUGGCUUCAAGGAUAGAGGAUGAAAGGAACUGUGUGAUAAAUGUAAAUUUCUCUAACAUUAUUAUUGUAAUUGUAACUUCUAGAUCUAUCUAUUGUUAAAUUAUAUUUCUUAGACUAGUUAUCGCUCUCCCAAAGGUACAUAAUUGAAAUUCAAAAAAUCUUUUUUUAUAUUUCAAUUAAAGUUACUGUUUUAUUAAGUAACAUUUCACUUAAUAAACAAACAGUGACUCAUUAAUAAGAUUUACUGUUUCAAGAUUUGACAGAAACAAUUUCAAUAUUUCAAUGACAAAUUCGCCUUAUGAUCGGAUAGUUACAAGACGUCUGAAUACUAAAAUAUCACUGAGUUCUAAGUCUUAGUUACGUCUCAUACUGUUUUUAUUCCUUUAAUAUGAGAAAUAGAAACGGAUAGACAAAAAAUAACACCCUAAAAGUUCAGAUUAUUUUUAAGAAAUCUUUUAAAUUUCAAACCGACCAUCCUGCAUGGUCAAACCAUCGAAAACAACACAAAUUAUGUAUCUUUCGGACUGUAUCAAGAUAAUAAUAAUUAUAACUAGGAAAUUGAAGCUUUUUGUACGUUUUAUAAUACGAAUACUCAACAGCAACGUUACACUGCCUAACACUGCCUUCAGGCCGAACUCGGGGACAGUGACAAA